GGGGAAACCCCCCGCGCAAGUCCCCGCGCCUCACUCGGCUGCUGAGCCACCGGAGAGCUCCCGCCGCCGCCGCGGUUGAAGACGAACCGCCCUUGCCCCAUCCCGUCCGAGAAUACAUACAUCGAAGCUUGGGACAAGAUAUUUAUCUAAUUUCUGUGGCAAAAUUAAAGACCUGCUAGGAAGCAGGUGACAAUGAAGAAAGAAACUGAAUUUAUCAUUUUCUCCUAAGGAAAAAUGAUAGACAAAAAUCAAACCUGUGGUGCAGGACAGGAUUCUAUGCCCUAUAUGACUUGUCUGGUUCACAUACUUGAAGAAUGGUUUGGUGUGGAGCAACUGGAGGACUAUCUGAAUUUUGCAAACUAUCUUUUGUGGGUUUUUACGCCACUAAUACUUUUAAUACUUCCUUACUUUACUAUCUUUCUUCUCUACCUUACUAUUAUUUUCUUACACAUUUAUAAGAGGAAGAAUGUAUUAAAAGAAGCCUACUCUCAUAAUUUAUGGGAUGGUGCAAGGAAAACGGUGGCAACUCUGUGGGAUGGACAUGCAGCGGUAUGGCACGGUUAUGAAGUUCAUGGGAUGGAAAAAAUACCAGAAGGACCAGCACUUAUAAUUUUUUAUCAUGGAGCUAUUCCCAUAGAUUUUUACUACUUCAUGGCUAAAAUUUUUAUCCACAAAGGCAGAACUUGUCGAGUAGUAGCUGAUCACUUUGUCUUUAAAAUUCCAGGGUUUAGUUUAUUACUUGAUGUGUUUUGUGCUCUACAUGGACCAAGAGAAAAAUGUGUUGAAAUUCUGAGGAGUGGUCACUUGUUAGCUAUUUCACCAGGUGGAGUUCGGGAAGCCCUAAUUAGUGAUGAAACCUACACCAUCGUAUGGGGUAAUCGUAAAGGUUUUGCUCAGGUCGCAAUUGAUGCAAAAGUGCCCAUUAUUCCUAUGUUUACACAAAAUAUUCGAGAAGGAUUUAGAUCACUUGGAGGAACAAGAUUAUUUAGGUGGCUUUAUGAAAAAUUUCGCUAUCCAUUUGCUCCGAUGUAUGGAGGUUUUCCAGUGAAGUUACGGACCUAUUUAGGUGAUCCUAUUCCAUAUGAUCCAGAGAUAACAGCAGAAGAAUUAGCUGAAAAGACGAAGAAUGCUGUUCAAGCUUUGAUUGAUAAGCACCAGAGAAUACCAGGAAACAUUAUGAGUGCUUUGUUAGAACGUUUUCAUAAAAAACAGAAGUUUGACUAGAAGAUGAUUUAAUACAUUUAUAUUAAUGUGUUUUUGUUUAUGGUACUGUCUUCUAAAUUUUGUAGAUCAUGUAAUUAGUAUUUAUAAAUAAUCAUGUUAAUAAGCAUCUUUCCCAGAACUCGUCUGUUUAAAAUUGUAUUGUCAAUUUUGUUUUUACAGUCAUUUCACACUUACACAGUAACUCAUUAUAUGCCUAAUAAUUCAGAAAAAUGAUCAUUUUUUCAUUUGUAAAUUCCUAAUAAUGUAUGAUAAACAUAUAGAUUCUUAAAGUUGAGUUUAUUAAGCACAGCUGUUUAGGUUAAACAAACAUUCCUGAUUAGUGCAUCUAAUUUCUCUGUGUAUUGCACUGAACUCAUUUCAAGAGAUGGCAUAAGCUAGGGUUUAGUUCAGUCACUUAUGUUAGAAAAAGAAUGCUUUUUAUCUGCCCCUCAUUCCCUUCAUGACCUUGGGCAAGUCACAUAAUGUUUUUGUGCCUCAACAAUUCACUUUUUAAAAACACGAUAAUACUAUGGUGAAGAAUAUUAUUUUAAGUUCUUUAUAUUUGCUGUGAUUGAUAACUGUUGAAUUGAAAUUAUAACUGAAUUAAUUAAACAAUAGCAGAAUCCUUUAGGAGUUAGGAGUUAUGUAUAUAUUUUGUCAUUGGAUGUAUAAAUUAUUCUUUCAGAUAUUAUGUCCAGUUGCCAAGCACAGUGACAAAGAUGUAUUGUUUUUCAAAUCGAAUAAAAAAGAAAUUAGGAAAAGUAAAAUUUCUAAUUAUUAUUUUUAGUAUUUAUUAUAUUUUUAUCAAAAGCCUGUAAACAAAAUAUAGGCUAUCCUGUGUGUUGCCAGCCUUAUGCCAUGGCAUUUAACAGUGCAAGGCUAAAAAUCACUAUUGUGCUCUGCACUUUGUGUAUGAGAAGCUGAUUCUAGGCAGAGGAAAGCAGAGCUUUCCACUUUUGCUCAAGAUCAUGGCUUAUCCAGCUUGACUUCGCAACCAGUGAAAUGGUUUAUGGUUUCAAUAAAAAUAUACUUGAAUGAUGAAUUUAUGUGAAAACAAAGUUCUCUAAAAAAUUAAUGGCUUUUGAUUUGUUGUCUCAUUGAAAACUGAAUUUAAGAAGUAUUUAAACAGAAAAGUAUCAGAAAUCAAGUGCAGUAUCUCCUUCCCCUUUUUUAGAUGUUAAAUUACUUUGUUUUUUGUAUAGAUUUUUGUAUUACAAGUGUGUAUUUAUGAUAUGUUAAUGUAUAUAAAAAUUAAGCAACGUAAAAGUAAAGCUGAAUUGCAAUGUA